UGCCACAGAGGAGAGUUGGCCGAUAGAAAAUGUCUUGUCUUUAACUGGGCUUUAUUUACUAAAGUUUAGCCCCGCCCUGGCGGCGGAGUCACUCUGGAGCUGACGUCGGCGAAAUGAAAUCAGCCGCUUGCCUUUCUCCUCACAGAAUGAAGUUGUCGUGGGGGUGAUUCGGACUAAACUUUUUGAUGCUCAAGGAUAUGAACUCAAUCCCAUUUUUCUGACUAAAGCUGUUAAAAGAAAGCCUUUAUUUGUGCAGGGGGAGCCACUGUCUGACAAACACUGUGGGACAGCAGACUGCGUACUGGACAGUCCUAUCUGAAAAUUGUGCCACUCAGCGCACAGCGACCCCGCAUGGAGGAUGAGGAGGAUGAUGUGUUUGAGCCAGACCUGCACUGCUGGCACACCACGUUCAGGCAGAUAAAGUGUGAAGACCGGGCCACGCAGACACCCGGCCCUGCCCUGGCCCCCAACAAAGGCAUGCUUCCCUGUGGAGUGGCAGAGGAGCCUAGACCACUUUUUUACGGCAACGCAGGUUUUCGAUUGCACUUCCCGGCACAUUUUGAACUUGGUGAAGAUCAGGAGGCAAGUGGAUCACUACAAGAGAGAGAGAUGCAGAACGGGAGGGAGCCACUCCCCAGACAGCCUGUGGCAGCGCGCAGCAUGGAGGCCUGCAUUGGCCACAAACUGCAGCUCAUAGGAGACCAAUUCCACCGGGAUCACUUACAACGGUAUCACCAAAACCAAAGGAACCAGGGCCCAGUGUGGUGGCGCCUGGCUGCAGCUCUGCUCAGCCUCCUGUUCGACCGCGGAGGACGAGCGGCAGCGGGGCAGAGGUGAGACUGCCCCCUCCUCUCUGUCCCAUACGAGGAACUGGACUCCUAAUGGCACUGUCUUAUCCAACACGGGUUUGUUUUGGAGAGGAAACGAAAAGAGAAGGUCACCGCGGGACGGAGACAACCAAUUUUUAUACUUUUUUUGUCUUUCCAAGGCGAUGCCAUGAUGUUCUGAGAUUCCCCACAGGACAAUGUCAAUAUUUUGGUAUACAUGUUGUGUAGAAGUUUUGUAUAGUACUGAAUGAUCUUUUUGCACUUCAACACGUAUCCUCUGCAGACCCUGGGAAUGCCUUAUAAUUCAAUGUCUUCUGCCAGAAAGAGUAUUGAGCAAAAAUCAAGAAGAAAGUUUUCGGUUGUGAAGUCGUCCGGGUAACCAGUCGAGUUGAUUUACUCAUUUUUCCAAAGACUCCGAACAAAGCAUUUUGCACCUCAACCAUUCAUCUGUUAAUUUUUGUGUUGUUAAUUUUGUAAGAUUUCUUUAUUUUAACAUUUUCUUGGUAUUUUUAACAUUCAAAAACACUGGGAGCAGAGAGACGUGUAUUAUGCCUUUAAAAAAAGUCAACAUGCCAUAUAAAUACAUGGACAUUGGCCUUCCACUUAGUCAUGUGCUAGAGUAUCGGGGUGGAGUCAGCGUGAGCAUCGCUUACUGGUUAAACAAGCCUGGUAAGUGCAGCUGUACAGUCAAGUGGCUAAUAUUGUCAGUGUUACAAAUCCUUAUCAGCAAACAGCCUUUUCUGUGAGUCGAUUGGGCACAAAAUUUUUUGACUGAAACUAGAAGCACAAAGAAGCUUUUCACAAAAUUACACAAGGCUAAAUCUGCGAAAAUGUUACCAUCUCGGAUAAUAACGUCGGACCAGUGUAGGCUGUAUUGUCUCUUGUGUUUUUUACGAUUGUUCUCAGAUUUUCAUGCCCUUUGAGUGGAGCACUGGAUCCACUGUUUUUGCACUAUACUACUACACAUCCUUCAAAACAGAUUGUUACCCAGCGUACCUCUGUCAUUAUGAAGGUAGCAGUUCUUAUAUAAGUCUUAUAUCUUUUUAACACAUUUCAGAGCCUCAAUAUUUCUGGGUAUGUCUUCUGGCGAUGUCUGAACACCAAACGGAUAGCAACAUGUGAACUUCCCUCAGGCUACUGUUUUGUAACCACCAACUUUACAUUUGAAUCAUUUGGGAUUUGCUUUGUUUAUGGUGCUCAGAUCGGAUUUGGGUAUUACAAUCACCAUAGACUAUUAGAUUAUUAUAUUAAUGUUAAGGACACUGUUGAAAAUACUGUAUAUUUUAUCAUUGCCCGGCCAACUUGUGGACCCAUGGAGCAGAACAUAUCAGGGCUCUUCAUUUGCUCCAAUAUAGUGUCAUGGUUAUCACUGCGUAACAAGGAUUUUUUUUUCCUCUUGAAAGACAGGCUAUCUCAGGGACAGAUUUUGCAGCUACUGAGAAUCCUUGAGAAGCAUUCACUGUUUGCAUGCAAGCAGAGAAAUGUUUGCCUUAAAGGUGCUGUAAUGGAUUUUUACUGUCUAAAAACAUAAAAAACAAACUCUGGUUGCAGCAGUCCAAACUUAUUCCUCACUUUCUUAACGCAUUCCAGCAUCCUAAUUAUUCACAGCGAUAUAAGCAGAUUUCACAACUUUCAGAGGCCAGAGUUGGCAGCAUGCAACUUCUAAUAACAACUAGCAUGCUAACAGCACACCUGGGUUACUUCCUGGUUUGUGUUAGAUGAAAAAAUGUUUGAUUGGCGUUCGACACUAUGAAGUUAGGUCUAACAGUAGCACCAUUCCUCGCAUUUCUCUCUGCUUGUAAGCGUAUAGUGAGUGAGUGAGGAGGAAGAGCAGUCGUUCCCAGUCCAUAUUGAGGGGGAGGGGAGGGGGAGGGCUGUGGAGGGCUGGGGGGGGCCUUCGGAGCGUGUGGGGGAGGGGAGGUGUGAGGUGCACUGAAUGAUACGGUUGUGGUUAUAGUUUCCUGCAGAUCCUGAACGCUGAGCCAGUCCAGGAAGCCCCUCCCCUCACCGCAGCCUCCUCUCCACUUCUUCUGAGAUCAUUCUUUAUGUUGGAUUACUUUUUUCUCUUGUCUAACUUAUUUUGGUGUAUUUAUUUUGUAUAUCGGCCUGUUUCUCUCUACUGUAUACUUGUGUGUGCAAUUCUUCUGUGUCUUGGUCUUAGCUGGUUGUGUGGAGGCCAGCGUUGUGUCUGACACCCUCUGGCCCACUCCUCUCCGUCUUACUCAUAUCCUGCCCACAGUUUAACCCCACUACACCAACAAACAGUAACGACAACAAACAGUCAUUUUCAGUAAUAGUGACGCCAAAUUGUUCUACCUCUGACUGAGCUUCACGGCUUUGAACGAGAGCAAUAGAGUGCCAUGGACGCAGUGCUUAUUGGGCGACUGUUAGCAGACAGUAGUGGGAGUCCGCUCCGUAGUUUGUGUGAUACUUGAAAACCAAUAGAAGCACCACAGAUGAGACCUUUGGGCUUCAGGGUGACUGUAUAUGCAGGAGUUUAUACUUUUUGACCCAACCAAUGCAAACAUUUAGUUUGUGGUAUAGGAAAGCAGUAGUUUUGAUGCAGUUUCAUGCAAUCUUGCCUUUUUAAAGACACAGUAGUUGUAAUGGGGACAUGAUGAUGACCGUUAAACCAUGAAAGGUUGCCUUCAGAGACUUUAAACAUUGAAUCCUAUGGUGUUAUUUGAGUUUGAACCUUGUGUUGUAAUCAACAUGCACUGGAAAGUAUGGUUUGUAGAUCCCAUGGGUCCAUAUGUGUUGUGUUAAUGUAUAGUAUAUACUCUGGGUUGUUUUCUUUAGGCUCGGUGCCACAUGUCAGUGGUAUAUAUUGUGCAUUGACCUGAGAGACUGGGCCUGUUUGAUUGAUUUAAAGGGAACACACCACAUGGUGCCCUGUGUAUUCUGUAGUGACGUUCCCAUACUGCCCUAAGAACAGCCAUCCCUGACCGGGACAUGUAUUUAUGGAAACCGUCAGUGUCUUGAAUUUUGUAGUCCAAUUUAUAUGCAUUUUUGAGGAAGGUUUUAAAUUAGAUUUUUUAAACAAUAACAUUUCUUCUUCAUGGUCUUUCUUAAUGUUUAAACAUGUAUUUUCAUAAAAUGGUCUGUUUUUAUAGACAGUUCAAGCUUGUACAAAGGCCAUGUGACCAAGGGCAUUGAGUAUAGUAACUCACACACAUUCCCUGCACAUCACCAUGUGGUUUUCACCCUUUACUCUUGUGGUCACAGUGAACUGGUUGAAACAGUGAACACGGGAAUAUGCCUUUAACUGCUCAGUUCUACAGUCUUGAUUAUCACACACUCUCUGUAUACCAAGAAAUGAGACCCAGCGAACAUGUAGCAUUUUUGUAAACAUUGACUGUGUGUUUUCGAGACUCUACUGUGCACUCAUUUUUGUGUUUUUAUAUAUUUUGGUUGUUAAUAUUAUAUGGAAGACAAUUUGUAAUGUAGUGCAAUAUGCUGUACAUACGGAGCUUUGCUCUACAAAUCUUUUUUCAGGAUUUCUUGUUGUUUAUUGGUACUUUUUUUCAAUAAAACUUUAUUGAAGGUG